AUGUGGACAUCAUGGAUAUCGCUUCUAUUUUCUUUUUGCUAUUCAAUCCCAUCAGUUGCAUUGUAUGGAAUAACAAUUUAUACAAUUCUAAGAUGUCGAAAAACAUUUGACUCCUCGUUUUUCAAUCUUUUUGUAUAUGAUGGAUUUAUGAAUCUGUUCACAUAUUUUGUGGGAUUGUUCAUGUUACGUUUGACUAGUAUCACAUGCUUUGACUGUCUCAUGGUUCCUGUAUAUAUGUUUUUUGAUAACAACUUUCCAAUGAAUUUCUUUACGGCAAUGAGCUAUCACAUGGCAUAUGUACAGUAUAGCACAACUGCUCUAAUCUCUGUCAAUAGAUUAAGUGUUCUUUGGAAUUAUAAAACAUUUGAACCGAUUUGGAGAAAAUUCACUUGGUUCAUUAUGUUUGUGGUUUUUGCCUUUCCAUUUGCUGAUACACAUCGGUGUUUUAAAUAUUCAACAAAAGUUACCUACGAUUCAGAAUCUGACAGUUAUUCCUUUGCAACUGAAAUGCCAAUUCCUGACACUUUUAUAUAUUUGAUUCCAUUUAUGGUAGUUGUAAGUGUCUCCUCAGUACUUGUUAAUGUUACAAGUUUCGUCUCAUUGCGUCAUUUGAAAACACAAAAACGUGGAAAAGUUGAGAAGAAUUUUAUUUCAAUAAUGGCAAUAACAUGUGCUGUUCAACUACUUGGAUGUGUUCUCAGUGUUGCAAGAGUUUAUUUCUCAGCUAACAGAAUAGCUGCAACACUUGCUUCAUUUCUUCCAUUUGUUAGUGAUGGGCUCACUCUUGUACAACCAUGGCUUCUUGUGGUUUUCAGUAGUACGAUGAGAAGAAGAAUAAAGCAAGUUCUCGGAUAUCAGCAAGGAAGCCAAGGAACAUUCGUGAUUGUCCGAUCUGUGACCAACUAA